CCGGAAGAAAUUGUGCCGUAAACGUUUAUUUUUUCACGUAAUUAUAUGAAAUUGUGCCGUAAAGGUGUUCUAGCUAGUGGUAAUCUUAUUGGUUAUGUUUUCGGUAGAAGAAUACUACUGUUAUUUUUUAAAAAUAUAUUAUUAUUAAAACCACAAGUAUUUAUCUUUCACUAGAAUAAUCUUUGCUGGAACGGAGAUUAUUAUAAAAGAUAAAACUCCCUUUAUAACUUCUGAGUUACUGAUACAAAUCCACAACUCUUCAUCCAUGAAAAUCAGUUUUGUUUAUAAACAUAUACAAAUAAUUAGGUGGUGAAAUUGAAACAAGUAAACCUCCAAAAACCAGUAACCACUCCGUAUAUUAUCUUAUUGGCAAAGUACUCAAUCAUCAGCACUAGCAACAGCCAUGGGAGAGGUAGACCCAGCUUUCAUCCAAGACCUAGAACACAGACCAAAGCUCUCCAUAAUCCAAGCUGAAGGAAUUCCCAUAAUUGACCUCUCUCCAAUAUCCAACCACACAGUUUCAGAUCCAUCUUCCAUUGAAAACUUAGUGAAGCAGAUAGGGAGUGCAUGCAAGGAAUGGGGUUUCUUCCAAGUAACCAACCAUGGGGUGCCCCUCACUCUAAGGCAAAACAUUGAGAAAGCCUCAAGAUUGUUCUUUGCACAGAAUUUGGAGGAGAAAAGAAAGGUUAGCAGAGAUGAGAGUUCUCCAAAUGGUUACUAUGACACAGAACACACCAAGAACAUUAGGGACUGGAAAGAAGUCUUUGAUUUUCAAGCCAAAGACCCCACUUUCAUCCCUGUCACUUUUGAUGAACAUGAUGAUCGAGUCACUCACUGGACUAAUCAUUCUCCUCAAUACCCUCCAAACUUUAGGGAUAUAAUCGAAGAGUAUGUUCAAGAGGUGGAAAAGCUGUCCUUUAAGCUGUUGGAGAUUAUAGCUCUGAGCUUAGGCCUUGAGGCAAAGAGGUUUGAAGAGUUUUUCAUCAAAGAUCAAACUAGCUUUAUUCGACUCAACCACUAUCCUCCAUGCCCUUCCCCUCAUCUAGCUCUUGGUGUUGGUCGACACAAGGACAUUGGAGCCUUAACCAUUCUUGCACAAGAUGAUGUUGGAGGACUUGAAGUCAAACGCAAAGCAGAUCAAGAGUGGAUAAGAGUGAAACCUACACCAGGUGCUUAUAUAAUCAACGUUGGUGAUCUUAUUCAGGUUUGGAGCAAUGACUUAUAUGAGAGUGUGGAACACAGAGCGAUGGUUAACUCUGAGAAAGAAAGGUUUUCCAUACCUUUUUUCUUAUUCCCUGCACACUACACUGAAGUCAAGCCUUUGGAGGAGUUGACAAAUGACCAAAACCCUGCAAAAUAUAGGCCAUACAAUUGGGGCAAGUUUCUUGUCCGUAGAAAGGGCAGCAAUUUCAAGAAACUAAAUGUGGAGAAUAUUCAGAUUUAUCAUUAUAAGAUAGCUUAAAAGGAUGGUAAAUUAGCAGUGCCUUUUAGCCUAUGCAUGUAAAACAAACUGAUUCAAGAAUGUUUCUGAUAUGUGGGACUGUGAUCUUAUGCUGCUAAAAUUACUAGUGUGCAAUGUGCAUUAUGUAUGCCAGGAGCAUCUAAUAAAAGAAAAAUAAAUCAAGAUUAAUGAUAUUUGAACACUUCACUGA